ACGCGUACCAACUACCCCCCAUCUCGCUCACUCUACCAUUGACGUCGACAAUGGACGCACUCCGUACGAGCGGGUGAGCGAAAUAGGGAAGCGCCAGCUUGAGUUUGUGUGGAAAAUCAAACGAACCAAGAGAACACGAUCCGAAGCUGACAAUACCCCAUCAGCUACCUUUCGGUGCGCAAAGAACGCAGUGGCAGAAGCGAAAAAGAAAAGUCUCCAAACGCGGAAAAAAAGGUGCAGUGCAGUUGCAGUUUUGCUGCACUCCCGCCGUCAACCCGCACGCUUGCGUCCCCCCGUCUCGGCGGGGAAAAAAGGGCCGUGGGAACACGAAAAUCUUCCGUCCAGUCGACACGGGAGCCACAGCAGCAGCAGCAGCAGCGGAACAAGUGUCCCUUCACAAACACACACACAGAAGCGCGCGGACGAGCGAGCGCACACAAUCUGUCUCACACACACACCAUUGAUCCCUCUUGGUGUCACCGUCGUCUGCUCGUGUGACACGCGUUUGUUUGCUUUUGUUUGUGGCCGUGGCCGUGCGAAGGAUUUUGGCGACACAAAUCUUAACCUGCUCAACCUCCCCCAGCACACACACAAACACACAGCCAGCCACACACCAAGCGUUCCGGGAUGGCAGAUCAGACGGAGCUGCGGAUGAAUCUGGUGGCGAUCAAGCGGGUCGACCCGUACGCAAAGGACAUCGUCAACUCGUCCGCCCACGUCGCCCUGUACGUGUUCAACAAUGCAGAGAACGAGUGGGAAAAGACGGACAUCGAGGGGGCGCUGUUCAUCUACAGCCGCUUCGCCGAACCGUACCACAGCAUCUUCAUCAACAAUCGGCUCAACACGAACUCGCUGGUCGAGCCGAUCCGCGGCCAGAUCGAGCUGCAGUCGAAACCACCGUUUCUGCUGUACCGGAACGAGCGGUCCCGCAUACGGGGCUUCUGGUUCUACAACAACACGGAGUGCGAUCGCAUCGGCGAGGUCAUCCAGAAGCUGGUGACGGAGUGUGGCGAUGGUGAUGGUGGUGGUGGCGGUGGUGAAUCAAGGCCACCGAUGAAUGGAGCAGACACGUCGGUGCCUGCUGGAAUCUAUCCUGGUGGUGGUGGUGGUGGCGUAACGAACGGCAGCGGCGGUGAAGGCGAAAGCACCAAUGUGGACAUAUUCACGAUGCUCACGAAGGCGCAGGAAGAUUUCCAGAACAAUGCAGCCGUACCGCCGAACGGUGGGGCGGUGCUGAACCAUCACGCAGGGGUCAUGAUGGGCGCCCAUCCUGGUCAGGGCAUUGCGAUUCCCCAGCAGCAGCAGCAGCAGCAACAACAACAACAACAACAUCCCCAACAGCAGCAGCAGCCAAUCACGAACCAGAACGCGCCGCGCAGUGUGGUGAACUUUUUCGCCGCAGCGAAACAGCCGGCCGCGUCGGAGGUGCCACUGUUCAAGACGCUCGCCCCGGUCCAUACGCUCGAGCAGAUCGAGAAGCAGCACCGGGCCACCACACCGCAGAAAGAGACAACAACGGCGGCGGCGUCGGUUACGGCAACCGGCAAGGUAACGCCGGACGUGAGCGAGCUCGAGAGCAGCUUUAAGCGGAUGGGCAUUCCAAUCGUCGGCGGUGGAAGCAACAACAACGGACCGCAGACACCGUCGGGCGGCAUGCCGGAACUCGGCACCUCGCCGCUGGCGACGUUCAUCAAUGCGGCCAACCUGUCCGCAGCGAUGCGUGGCUCCAACCACCAUCAUCAGCCGGUCGUACCGAAGACGAAGCUGAUCGAAAUCAGUGAGCUGGAAUCGCGUCAGAAUGCGCAACAGCAGCAGCAGCAGCCCCAGCAGACGCCACUCCACGAGCUGCUGAAGAAGUCGGACCCGAUCGGGGGGACGGGGGGCAGCGGGGCCACGGUCGUAAAACCGGCCCUGAUGCCACCGACCAUGUUUAAGCCGACCGCGACGGCAGCCACGCCAGCGACGGAAGCGUUGAGCAGCCUGUUGCUCGGCCCACCGAGCACACCGAGCAGUACGAACUCUCCGGCCGGUGCCGGCAAGCAGCAGCAGCAGCAGCAGCAGGGCAACGGUACACCGGGCGGUCAGACGAAAGCAGCGGCGGGCAGUACUCCGCUCUCGUCCACCGGGAAGCAGCACCGGUCGUCAGCGGGCGGUAAGCAGCAGGCUAGCGGAACCACUCCACCGAAGGGAGCAUUCACGACGGUCACAUCGAACAGCAAGGCGUUGCUCGACUUCAUGUCCGAAGCGAACAGCAACCUGAAGAACAACAACAGCAGCAGCGGCGGCGGCAAUGCUGCAACGGUCACGGCGGCGGGCGGUGUGGAACCGCUCACCCAGAACCAGCUCAUCCAGGCGGUCUCCUACCUGAUCAAGCACGAUCCGGACUUUGUGCGGAAGCUGCACGAAGCGUACGUGAAAUCGUUCACCGAAAUGAUAUCCAACUAGAAGAAAAACUCUCGCGGCCAGGGUGAAUGAUGAUGAUGAUGGGUGCGUGUAGGAAAAAGCUUUCGAGAUUCGGCCUGAGAACCCCUGUUUGCCUCCUCCGCUCUCCCGCGUACUGCGUGUGUGUGUGUCUUUCCGCUGCUUAUAGGCUCGCGCGUGUGUAUGUGUGCACGGGAGGAAGAAGAAUGCUGUUAAUAUUAUCCGAUUCGUUCCAGCACGACGAAAUCGGGUGUGUACGAAUGUAUGCUCGAACUCCUGUGUUGCCCUUUGGGAGACUGCUAUAUAGUUAUUACAUUGUUAAGGGUCCCCCGCAAAACGAAGCAAAAACGGAUUACAAAAACAAGAGAAAGGGAAAAAAGCGAGGACAAAGAAUAGAAGGAUACAGAAGCAAGAGAGAUACAUAGCCAGAGAAAUAGAUAGAGAGAGAGAGAGAGAGAUAGUGUGAUAGAGACGAAAUAAGUUAAAAUUACAUUACAUUAUCAACUAUCUCCUGUCACAGCCCCCACAUACUUCCCCUGUACUAAUAACCGUUAGCGCAUUUUUUUAAUUAUAAUGCCUUAUUUUUUUUGUUUUCCUCUCAUGAAAGGGAAAGCGUUCCAAAGUGCGUGUUUUAGACGUGUAUAAGGUUGUAUUUUGAUGUUGUGUGGGAAAUGCGCGAAAAGCUUGCAAAGUGCGUCGUGUCGCGUCUUCGGACGUUUCAUCUAAUCUAUCGCCUGUUUCGCACUGUAUCACAUUGUACAGCUAAUGUUUUUGCUAUCAUUUUAGUCCGUCGAUUGUGUUUUAUGUUAGUAAUAGAGAGAGAGAGAGAGAGAGAGAGAGAGAGAGAGAGAGAGAGAGAGAAAGCCGACGAAUGUAGCGGCAGGCCUGGAUUGGAAAAUUGAAUGAAGUUGGAAAGAAAUGGCUAUUACGAGAUUACUGUACGUCUAUAGGAGUCUAUAGUAAGCAAAUUAGUGGUUAGAGUAGUUUAAAUUAGUGUUCUUAUUUUUUUCUUCUUUUUGUUUUAGUUCAGUCGAUUUUUGAAGGUUUCGUUUUAGGAGAGAACUUACACACCCAGUAUGAUUUGCUUUACCGAUUUGGGGUUUUUUGACACACUUGUCUCUCUCUUACGCUCUCUGUUUCUCUGGCACAAUCGGAUCACGCUGCUGUCUGUAUCCAUUUUCUCUGGCAGUGCGUAAGCAUAAGAGCAGCAUGCAAAAUCAUCAUCAUUAUUGAAAGACAUAGGCCAAGAAGCAUUUUGUUCAAACAAACACGCGCGCCACGUUCGCGUUAGAGAAAGUUGGGAAAUACACGUGGGUGCAUGUAAAGAAUUUCGAUUUGAACGUGUUUUACAUUCGCGCUGCAAAUGUCUCGCUUGUGCAAGUCGAUAAAAAAAUCCCCUGUAUACCAGAAUAGAGAGACAUGCAACAAUUCCUGUCCCUACAUCACCCCUACCCCCCCACCCCCCGUCGUUUUGAGGUUUAGCAUAUGUACGGUAGACAAGAGAAGAGGAUAGGAGGGAUCCCUCCCCCCAUUGUAACGCGUUAUACGUUAAACCCACAGACCCCCUCACUCACACAGUGUUGAUGAACCAGUAAAUAAUGCUGUACUUUUCGAUGUGUAAUAAUAAUUAUAAUAAUAACAUGUAAUAAGGCUUUGAAAAACACAAAAACGACCCAAAAUUAAUCUUUACAAAGCAGAACAAAUAUAGCAGGCCCCGUAAGUAGCGGAGCAGCCCCCACAUGCCGUCGGUGUGCAAACGUUAAAUUUGAAUUUCCCCUUAGAAGAAGAAAAAAAGGCUCAGCGCGAAAGAGAAAGAGAACAUGAGAACACACAUACAAAAAGGAUAAUGUGACCAGGAUACGCUAAAAAGGACCUACACACUUCAUAGAUAACAAAAAACAAACAAACAAACAAAUAAAUAAAGAGAAAAAAACGCAUUGCCAGCCAGACACCAGAAAACCGCAAAACAAAACAAACAACAGUGCACCUCUUACCUUAUUUUUCACCUCAUUUUGUCGCAAUGCCUACUUUCUUUCCGAAAUGAAGCUCUCUUCUCUCGGGGACGAAGUUUUGUUUUUGGGUUUUCAGUUUUGUUCUGUUGUGUAUGUGUGUGUGUGUUUUUUUUUUAUACAUUAUUUCAAACAUUUAGGUUCCACUUUCUUUCAUUCAUUCACAGCUUGUUGUUUUCGUACUUCGUUCUGUUUUCGUACACCUUCUUUUCAUCUUUCUCUUUUCUCUACCGUUCAACCAUUAUUAUAUAUAAACUUUUCUUAGCAAAUCCACUUUUCUCAUUUUCUGGUUGUUUCUUUUUUGUUGUUGUUGUUGUUGUUGCACUCUUUUCACUUAAUCUCAACGAAUUUCAUUCUUUUCUCUUCUCCGUUGGUACUACAUACAUAAUAUGUUUGUUUACUCUCUCUCUCUCUCUAUAUAUAUCUAUAUAUAACUCUAUCUCUUUUGUUCACGCGCUUCCCUCUAUCUCUGGCCUAUAUUCACUUCACUCUGUUUUACACAGUUGUUACACACAGUUCUUGCAACUGCUUGGUUGGUUUUGUUUUACAUAAAAUCUUGUAUAUAGUACAACAUGUUUGCGAUAGGAUUAGCGCUCAUACGUAUCGCACAACUACUACUUGCUAGCAGCCCCCAUUACACUACACACGUUCCUUCUUGUUUACUUUCUUUUUCUUCCUCCCUCCCAUCGUUCAUGUUUUGCCCCAGUACUUCUACUAUUACUACUGCUACUACUACUACUACUACUACUACUACUUUCUCUUUACACUAGAUAAAUCAUUACUAAUCAUCCCCCUUAACACACUCGGCUUGCACACGGCUCCUCUUCCACUCUCCACCUUUCUACACACUCUUAUAUCUCGUUUUGCAUUAUUAACCUGUGAUAUCCUGCUGCUGCUACUCCUGCAACAUCUUCCCUCUUCCGCCAAUAUAUUUAACACACCUCCUGCUUUACUUUCAUUUCCAUCCCAAACCGUGUGUGGUGUGUGUAGCAUUGUCUGUGUUGUACACUAACGCUUAAACAACUGCCAACUCGCACCUCUACAUACCCCUACACGCGCACAGAGAGCCUGAUUUCGGGUGCAAACUUUCUCACACGUGGUGCCAAACGUUUAAUUAUUGUUUGUUUUACCUUCUCCGUUCCGUUCUAAUCCUGUGCCCAACCCAACCCAACAACUCCUGCCAACAAACAAAAAACAGACCAAAGCGCGGCUGUGUGUGUGUGUGUGUGCACUUGAAUGUUUCAAUUAAGGGAUAUGAUCAUCCACUAACAACGUCGCACAGCGAUUUCGGCCCGAUCAAGGUCCACUUUCGCUUUGCGGUCCAAAUUUAAUUACAUACCCCAAAUGCUCCACUACCCAUUCGACAACAACACUUGACAACAUCGACCACUAACCACGGUUAAGACAUGUUUCUGUUCAUCAUCUACUGGGUUUUUUUUUGUGUUGGUUCCAUUUCCAGUGUAGAAAUGGUAUCCUUCGUGUGCGUGUUUUGUGUGUGUGUGUGUGUGUGUGUGUGUGUGUGUGUGUGUGUGUGUGUGUGUGUGUGUGUGUGUGUGUGUGUGUGUGUGUGUGUGUGUGUGUGUGUGUGUGUGUGUGUGUGUGUGUGUGUGUGUGUGUGUGUGUGUGUGUGUGUGUGUGUGUGUGUGUGUGUGUGUGUGUGUGUGUGUGUGUGUGUGUGUGUGUGUGUGUGUGUGUGUGUGUGUGUGUGUGUGUGUGUGUGUGUUUCUGUAUAAUUAUGCCAACAUCGAAGGUUCUACAGCUUUCACAAAAAAUGCGCCACAGAGUUUGGUUUCUUUAGUUUUACACCUUCUUCCACACUUUCCACUCUCUGUGUUUUCUGUUUUGCAUAGGUUGGUUAUUAUGCGUUUACUUGUUUGCCUUGUAUAACAUGCAUACUCUUAUGUACAUAACACAUUGAUUUGUUACACAAUAUCUCCUGUUUGUUUAGGUGUUAGUAGGUGUGUGUGUCUCUCUGUCUGUUGCCCACUAAUCAUAUCAGAGGCCGUUAUCAUCUCGCGUAUGCUCCAGUCUACAUUUUAUAGUAUUUUUUGUUUGCUUGUUUGCGUUUAGUCUGUUCGCGUGCUUGUUGCGCAACUCAACCACCAUGUGUUCCUCUCGACUUUUAAUACUUGUUUCGUAGGAUCAAUAGUUGCGAUCCCUUUUUUUU